AUGGCCUCCCAUCCCGAAGAACACAAGAAAAAGGUCAACUUGACCGACCCUUCUGGUGCUGACGUCAAACAUGAGGACGACACUGCGACGGCGAUCCUCAAGAAGAAGAAGAAGCCUAAUCAGUUGAUGGUCACCGAUGCUGUCAACGAUGACAAUAGUAUUAUCGCCUUGUCGGAAGCCACAAUGGACGCUCUGCAGCUAUUCAGAGGCGACACAGUCUUGGUUCGAGGCAAGAAGAGAAAGGACACGGUCCUUAUAGUCCUCGCCGAUGAGGAGCUUGAUGAUGGCAGCGCCCGAAUCAACAGAGUCGUCCGUCACAAUCUCCGUGUCAAGCACGGUGAUAUGAUUACCAUUCUUCCUUGCCCGGACAUCAAAUAUGCCAAAAGAAUUGCCGUUCUGCCCAUUGCUGAUACCGUCGAGGGCAUCACCGGCUCCCUCUUUGACGUUUUCCUCGCUCCGUACUUCCGGGAGGCGUACCGACCUGUUCGCCAAGGCGACCUUUUCAUAGUACGCGGCGGCAUGCGGCAAGUCGAGUUCAAGGUGGUCGAGGUCGAUCCGCCAGAGUACGGCAUCGUUGCGCAAGAUACCGUUAUUCACUGCGAAGGCGAUCCCAUCGAGCGGGACGAGGAAGAGAACAACUUGAACGAGGUUGGAUACGAUGAUAUCGGUGGUUGCCGUAAGCAGAUGGCUCAGAUUCGAGAAAUGGUCGAGCUGCCGUUGCGACACCCUCAGUUGUUCAAGUCGAUCGGCAUCAAACCUCCCCGCGGCGUUCUGCUGUACGGACCUCCGGGUACUGGCAAGACGCUCAUGGCUCGUGCGGUAGCCAACGAGACUGGUGCAUUCUUCUUCCUCAUCAACGGUCCCGAGAUCAUGUCCAAGAUGGCCGGCGAAUCCGAGUCCAACCUGCGGAAAGCCUUUGAGGAAGCCGAGAAGAACUCACCGGCCAUCAUCUUCAUUGACGAAAUUGAUUCAAUCGCGCCCAAGCGUGAGAAGACCAACGGCGAGGUCGAGCGACGAGUUGUCUCGCAGCUUCUGACUCUGAUGGACGGCAUGAAGGCCCGAUCCAACGUCGUCGUCAUGGCCGCCACCAACCGACCCAACUCGAUUGAUCCGGCUCUGCGACGAUUCGGCCGCUUCGACCGGGAAGUCGACAUUGGCGUCCCCGACCCAACCGGUCGUCUCGAGAUUCUCCAGAUCCACACCAAGAACAUGAAGCUUGGCGACGACGUCGACCUGGAGCAAAUCGCGGCCGAGACGCACGGUUACGUGGGCUCCGACGUGGCUGCCCUCUGUUCCGAGGCUGCCAUGCAGCAGAUCCGAGAGAAGAUGGACCUUAUCGAUCUCGACGAGGACACCAUUGACGCCGAGGUUCUCGAUUCCUUGGGUGUUACCAUGGAGAACUUCCGCUUCGCCCUCGGCGUCUCCAACCCGUCGGCCCUCCGUGAGGUCGCCGUUGUCGAGGUUCCCAACGUUCGCUGGGAGGAUAUCGGUGGGCUCGAGGCGGUCAAGCAAGAUCUCCGAGAGCAGGUUCAGUACCCUGUCGACCAUCCCGAAAAGUUUCUCAAGUUUGGCUUAUCCCCAUCCCGAGGUGUGCUCUUCUACGGUCCGCCCGGUACCGGUAAAACCAUGUUGGCCAAGGCUGUUGCCAACGAGUGUGCCGCCAACUUCAUCUCGGUCAAGGGUCCCGAGCUUCUCAGCAUGUGGUUUGGUGAAUCAGAGAGCAACAUCCGCGACAUUUUCGACAAGGCCCGAGCUGCGGCUCCCUGCAUCGUCUUUCUUGACGAGCUGGAUUCAAUUGCAAAGGCUCGCGGCGGCUCUGUCGGAGAUGCCGGUGGUGCUUCCGAUCGCGUCGUCAACCAGCUCUUGACGGAAAUGGACGGCAUGACCUCCAAGAAGAAUGUGUUUGUCAUUGGUGCUACCAACAGACCAGAGCAGCUCGAUCCCGCCCUGUGUCGUCCCGGGCGUCUCGACUCCCUCAUCUACGUGCCACUUCCCGAUGAGGUUGGCCGCCUGAGCAUCCUGAAGGCUCAGCUCCGCAAGACGCCUGUUUCUUCGGAUGUUGACCUGGGCUACAUAGCCAGCAAGACGCACGGCUUCUCCGGUGCUGAUCUGGGAUUCAUCACCCAACGCGCCGUCAAGAUUGCCAUCAAGGAAGCAAUCACUGCCGACAUUGAGAGAACCAAGGCUCGCGAGGCCGCCGGUGACGAAAUGGACAUGGAUGAGGACGCCGAAGAUCCCGUUCCCGAGCUGACCAAGGCUCACUUCGAGGAGGCCAUGCAGAUGGCUCGCAAGUCUGUCAGCGACGUCGAGAUUCGACGGUACGAGGCCUUUGCUCAGCAGAUGAAGAAUGCCGGUCCUGGUGCUUUCUUCAAAUUUCCCGAAGCCGGUGCUGACGGGCAGGCUUCGGGCAAUGGUGGCAACGGCUUUGGUGAUGCCGGCAACGACGACGAUCUCUACGACUAG